UGCUCUCAAUCAGAAAGUUUGAUGAUGACCAUGACUACGAUGGCUGACGGCUUGGAAGCUCAGGACUCCUCCAAGUCUGCCUUUAUGGAGUUUGGUCAGCAGUCCCACUCCCAGCAGAGCUCCCCGGCCAUGGCAGCCAGUCACUACCCUCUGCACUGCUUGCACUCCGGCUCCCACCCUCACCACCACCACCACCACCACCAGGCGCACCAGCAGCACGACAGCUCGUCCUACACCGGCAGCAACUCGUACAACCGCUCGCUGGCCGCCUACCCUUACAUGGGCCACUCUCAGCACAGCCCCUACCUGCAGUCCUACAGCAGCAGCAGCAGCAGUACGGCCACCCAGACCCGAACCGAGGAGCCAGAUCAGCAAAAAACGACAGUUAUAGAAAAUGGUGAAAUCAGGUUUAAUGGCAAAGGAAAAAAGAUAAGGAAACCAAGGACUAUCUAUUCCAGCCUCCAGCUGCAGGCUUUAAAUCACCGAUUUCAGCAAACCCAGUACCUAGCACUUCCGGAGAGAGCAGAGUUGGCCGCAUCGUUGGGAUUAACACAGACACAGGUGAAGAUUUGGUUCCAAAAUAAAAGGUCAAAGUACAAAAAGCUGUUGAAACAAGGCGGUAAUCCACAUGAAAGUGACCCUUUACCAGGGACAGCUGCCCUUUCUCCUCGAUCUCCAGCAAUUCCUCCUGUCUGGGACGUUUCAGGAUCUGCCAAGGGGGUUAAUAUGCCCCCAAACAGCUAUAUGCCUGGUUACUCUCAUUGGUAUUCAUCCCCACACCAAGACACAAUGCAGAGAUCACAGAUGAUGUGAAACUCCCAAAUGCAUUGCUUAUUAUUAAUAUUAUUUUUUAUUGUGGAUGACUGUAGUGGAUACAGUACCUUGACUACCGGUCAUGCCAAAUGGGUGAACUUAGAAUUGUGGUACAGAGUCCACGCUUUUUCAGAAACCUCAGUGAUAUGACUUGAAUUUUCAUUGACCUUCAUACUGGCGCACAUAAUACACCUCUAUUUUGGAAGCUCUCUCCUGGGCUCAAAAGCAAAAAAAAAAAAGAAGUAAAAAUCAAACACAAAUCAAAUCAAAACAGAAACAAAAACAAAUAAUAAAAUGACAAUUCUUUGGAAUGAUGGUGUGGAAUGCGGCGAAACGUUCCAUGCAAAGUCUCAGCCUGUGAUGCUCAGCAAUAUGCCCAGAUCAUGGCGUCCCAAGGAAACCAUGGCUACAGGCAUAAGGAUUGAACUGAAGGAGGAUAUUUAUAAUAUGUUGCUUUUUGGAGGAAAGAGGUGCAUGUCUGAUCAAAUGAAUGGUAGGAGGUAAAAAUAAACCACUGUUUUCUACAUAGACUGUGAAAAGGAGAACAUGGGGCACACGACUGCCUGGUGACAUUCAUUUGAAAUGCUUUAGGGACUUUAUAAUAAAAUGAAAUGUAUGUAUAUAUUGUUGAAUUUUAGUUGUAUAUACUUUGUAUGUUAUUGUCUUUCAUAAAU